UUCACAGUUACAGAAAUGGAGCAGUCACAUUGAUUGCAAUGAACUUGGCUCCUGACCCAGUUCAGAUCUUUCUGCCUGUGUGCUUGUCCUUCAAUGCAGUGGAGGCUUUUGUCCUUCAGUCAAAGCAGCCGGGGCGGGCAGGUCUUUGUUCCAGGUCUGUAAACCUGAAUGGAAAACUAUUGAAGAUGAUGGACGACCAAACUCUUCCUUCCCUGGAAGGAUCCUCUCUGCCACCAGCAGAUCAUCUCCAGCUGCCUUCAUACUCAUUGGCACUUUAUGUGCUUAAAGAUGCUGCAGCUUUGGCCUAUCAGUGACCGUGACAUGAGGUAUCUGGUCUUCUUACAACGUGUCUC